AUGGCAUCUCAAAUUGAAGAGAAUCUACUAGCUUCAUCUACUAAUGCUAUUUCCUUAGACGAUGAGAGUCAAAGGCCUUCACAACCUGAUGAAGUUGAACUGAAAAAAAGGAGAUAUUCCCGAGCAUGGGAUCAUUUCGAGCCGAUGAAGGUUAAGGGUGUUCCAUAUGGUGCUUGUAAGUAUUGCGAUCGCCGGUAUAAAAAUGCUAGGAAUUGUGGGACAAAAUCUAUGUUAGAUCACAUGCUUAAGUGUCCUAAUAGGCGAAGAGAUGCACAAAAUGAGGGCGAUACCGGGAGUGGUUACUUUGAUCAAGAUGUCUCACGUAAAAAACUUGCACAUGCCAUUAUUUUACAUGAGUAUCCACUCUCUAUAGUUGAUCAUGUGGGAUUUAGGAACUUUUUUGCGAGUCUUCAACCUAUGUUUAAGAUGAAAGUCACGAGUAGAAUUGCAAUAACAACUGAUAUGUGGACUUCCAAUAGUAACAAAAAAGGGUUCAUGGCUAUUACUGGUCAUUUCAUUGAUGAUUCAUGGAGGCUUCAAAGUCAUAUUUUGAGAUUUGCUUAUGUUCCUGCUCCACAUGAUAAAGAUGCUUUGUGUGGUGCUUUGGUUAAUUGUUUGUUUGAUUGGAAUCUUGAACGAAAACUAUCCACUAUCACAGUUGAUAAUUGUAGCACAAACAAUGCUAUGAUUAAAACUUUAUUAGAUGAGAAACUUAAUAAAAAAGAUUUGUUGUUGAGUGGUCGAGUAUUUCAUGUGCGUUGUGCUGCACAUAUUUUAAACUUGAUUGUGCAAGAAGGGUUAAAAAUGAUAGGAGAUAGUAUUAGCAAAGUGUGUGAUAGUGUCUUGUAUUGGAUUGGAUCAGCUGGCAGAAUUGAGAGGUUUGAAGAAGCCGCACGUUUGGUUCACUGUUCUUGUAAUAAGAAGUUGGAGUAUGAUUGUCCUACUCGGUGGAACUCAACAUAUUUAAUGUUGAGAACAGCUAUAGAAUACAAAGAGGUGUUUAACAAGUUGAGUCUAACUGACACAAAUUAUAAGUCGUAUCCAACUGAAGAGCAACGGAGUAAUGCAGAAGAUGUUUCUGAUAAGCUCAAACUUUUUCAUCAUAUCACUGAAUAG